ACUAUGGCGGACUUUGCCCAACUUGAGACGCGCCGGCUUGAACUGGAAGAGAACGUGGCAAAGCUACGCAAAUCUUUGCAACACUGGCGAACAUGGGAUGCCGAGUAUGAAGGCUUGAAAGAAGAGCUUUCAUCUGGUGUAAACGUUCAAUCGGAAACGGACUGUGUGAAAGCAUACCAGACUUUGUAUACCAUUCUGACCGUUCUAGAAAUUUUUGAUUUGUUUGGAGUUGGAAAAGGAGCUAUCCGCCAUCCGAUAGAGGUCAGCCGACUCGUCGACAGGCGGCUCGACUAUGUUCAACAAAAUGUAUCCACCAUUACCAAGCAGGUGGAAAAGGCUGAAACUCAAUUGUCCGAAGUAUUGGAAGAAAUGGAUAGAGAAGACGAUGAAGGGCCAGAACCUGGACUGCCUAUGACUGAGAUUCUCGAGGAACUGGAUGAGGACGGAAACGUUAUAUCGAGCAAGGUCACCCAACCUGAAGAGCAAACAGCACAGAUUAUCGACACUCUCCGAAAGGCUGGCUUGAAGGACAUGGACCCUAAGCCAAAGAAUGAAGAAAAGACCAAGGAACCAACCACCGGGGCCAAUGAGAAGCUUAGCACUGCUCCGGCGAACAAGACACAAGAUGUGCCACAACCCUCAGCAAGUACUUCAAAGCCGGCCAAGAAAGGAGUUAGCUUCGCAGAGGAGGUUCAAGAAAAAGAAAUUCCCUCGCGCGCCGACAAUGCCAAUGCCAGCAGGUCAUCGGGAGUCAACCCUGCCUUGUUCAAUGGCUCAUUCUCAAAUGGCGAGCGUGUCAUUGAGUUGGACGAUGACGACGAUAUCAUCGGAACCCAAGCAGUCAUUCCUGAGGAUGAAUCUCCCGAAGACGCAAGACUACGAAGAGAAAUGCUCCAGUACAACCUGAAUGAAGUUGGCCAAGUGGUAGCCGAACUGGAUCUCGACGAAAACUUGUCAGACUUCGAAGAUGACGAUGACUAUUUCGAUGAAGAAUAUGACAGCGAGAUGUCCGAGGAGGAAGACGAGUAUGGGAGAUCAAUCCGUCCUGGAGUCAGCAAAAGCUACAGACAGCAGAUGCAGGACUUGGAGGAACAACUUCGCUCGAAAGUUAUUGGAAAUCUUGGACCCAAUCUUCAAGAAGUCGAUCCUGUAUACGAUCCCGAAGGACUUCGUCGACUUGUGGUUCGUGGUGAGGAAGUAGCCUCGGACGAGAAUGUCAAGCCGGCAAUUUCGAAAGGCAAAGAGGCUGUCAAGCCAGAUGCACCUGCAAAGAAAGGCGUCAGAUUUUCGGAAGCGUUGGAUGUGCAGGAAGCACCCAAAAGAUCAGAGGCUCCAGUCUCGAAGCCGCGCUCUGCACCAAUUGCAGAUGUUGUCGAGCGAGCACCUUCCAAAGCUCAGGCACCCUCCGAGCCAGCAAAACCUGCCAAGGUCUCACGCUUCAAGCAAAACAGGGCAGCUGCUUCAGAGUCCUCCCCAUCCGAGCCUACACCAAAUCAAGUCACUGGCUCUGUCAUCUCAGACAAGAUUGUUGAAAAGCCAACUGCCCCAUCGACUAAUGCACGCGCACCUGAAGAAGCAGACGAACUCGAUCCUGAACUGCAGCAACGUCAACUGGCCUCCGAGUACUAUCGUCUGAGAAACAACAUCAUUCGUCAACAAGGCGGUUUCAAGGAGACGGAAGAAGAAAAGGAUGAUCCUUUGAUGGAGCAGUUCCCCGAUGGCAAGAUGAAGAAGGUGAGUAGAUUCAAGGCUGCCAGGAUGAAGUUUUAG